AUUCGCCAGGAAGGCCGCCAUUGAGACCCUUAUUCGCCAAGAUGAAGUAUGUCCUCGUUUCCGGCGGUGUUAUAUCCGGUGUCGGAAAGGGUAUUAUUGCAAGCAGCACCGGGUUGCUCUUGAAAACCGCUGGCUUGUCGGUCUCGAGCAUCAAGAUCGAUCCUUACUUGAACCCGGAUGCCGGUCUUAUGAACGUGAAAUGCUUCGUCUUGGACGAUGGAGGUGAAGCCGAUUUGGAUCUAGGAAACUACGAGCGCUAUCUUGGGGUUACGCUCGGCAGAGAUAAUAACAUCACAACGGGCAAAAUCUACCAACAUGUAAUUGAGAAGGAGCGCCGGGGCGACUACUUGGGGAAGACGGUUCAAAUUGUGCCGCACCUCACCAACGAAAUUCAGAACUGGGUUGAGAGAGUCGCUAGGGUUCCUAUCGAUGAGUCCGGAAGGGAACCUGACGUUUGCAUCAUUGGAGAUAUUGAAAGUGCUCCGUUCGUUGAAGCUAUGAGCCAGCUUCAACGACGCGUCGGAAAGGCCAACUUCCUCCAGAUCCAUGUCAGUUAUGUGCCUCUGAUUGGGUCGGAGCAAAAGACCAAGCCUACCCAACGCGCCAUCAGUGAUGUUCGCAGUGGUGGCCUCAGACCUGAUCUGAUCGCGUGCCGCUGUGAAACUCCAUUGGAGGAAUCGACGAUCCGCAAGAUCGCCAAUACCUGCCAAGUGGAGCGGGACCAGGUAGUUGGCGUCCACAACGUGUCGACAACUUACCAGGUACCCAUCCUCCUAGAAACACAAGGGUUUUUGAACACACUCAAGGAACUACUUGAGAUCAACACCAUUCGCAUUGAGGACAAAUAUGUGGAACAGGGCAAGAUUAUGUGGCAGAAAUGGCACGGUCUCGCCAUGAGCCAAGACCAUGUCUUUGACACUGUCUCAAUUGUGCUGGUUGGUAAGUAUACGAGUCUACACGACUCGUAUCUGAGUGUAACAAAGGCACUGGAACAUGCCGCUAUGCACUGCCAGAAGAAACUCAAUCUGGUCUGGGUAGAGUCCUCACAUUUGGAGGAGGACCACCAACAAGAAAACCCGGCCGAAUACUACAAGGCUUGGCACGCUGUUUCUACAGCGGACGGCAUUCUCAUCCCGGGUGGUUUCGGUCAGCGGGGUACCGAGGGGAUGGUUAAGUGUGCCGAAUGGGCGCGUACAAAGAACGUCCCCUUCCUUGGCAUCUGCCUUGGUUUGCAGGUCGCUGUUAUCGAAUACGCCCGCAACAUCUGCGAUAUGAAACAAGCGGACAGCGCCGAGUUCAAUGAAGAGAGUGAACAGCCUGCCAUCGUCUACAUGCCGGAAAUCGAUAAAUCGAAGAUGGGAGGUACCAUGCGGCUUGGUAAGCGGCCGACGCUCUUCCAGGAGGGCACAGAAUGGUCCAAGUUCCGCAAGCUGUACGGUAACAAGCAGGAGAUCUGGGAGCGCCACCGUCACCGCUACGAAGUGAACCCGGAUCUGGUGGAAAGCCUGGAGAGCGCCGGUCUCUCGUUCAUUGGAAAGGAUGAGUCCGGCAAGCGAAUGGAAGUCAUCGAACUGAAGAACCACCGAUGGUAUGUUGGUGUUCAGUUCCACCCGGAGUACCUGAGCCGCGUUAUCACGCCCAGCAAGAGUUUCCUCGGAUUCUUCGCGGCAGCUGCGGGAUGCCUCGAGGAGAUCACCAAGACGUUCCAGGGAGCCCACGACCUCAGUCAUCUUGAGGUCCGACCCAAAGUGAAUUCAGUUUAGCGACUGUAGAUGGUUUGUGUUUGCUUUAGACCGUCAUGAAAGAAUUUGACCAAAAUAUAUGAAUCUAUGAAUAUGAUAUUAUGCAAUCUAUACAAGCAGCAUCACUGCAC